GUGGUUGCAACACCGCCGCCGAGGCAGCGAGCGGAGCUGACAGCGCGGAGCUAGCUCUGCGGGACGCUGGGAGCCUUGCGGGUUUCUCCGGCUGGCGUCUGCGAGUACAUCGGCGGUUGAACCGCUAGGCUUCAGGGAUUUACACAGACUUGGAGCAAUGCUUGUGACUCUGCAGCUCCUCAAACAGCAAACACUUGGAACCUUACUAAGACUAAAUGGACAGACUGACUUAGCAUUCCUUGGAAGAACUGCUCUCCAUAGAUCCUUGCAUUCCCUCUGUCCAGCCCUGACCACAGGAAGCUACUUUGGUCCCCAAGUGCCCUUUCCCAGCAGGCUUGCCAAGCACAUAAGGCAAACUCCACCCCAAGGAAUUCGCUCUCUGGAAGGGCCCCUAGAAGCCUGUUACUUGGAGCAGUCCAGGACCUCCAGCCCCAUGGAGCCCCCGAUUGCACAGAGCACCCCUUUGGCUCCUGGCGCAGUCAUGGUGCAGCCCCUUCUUGACAGCCGGAUGCCCCACAGUCGCCUCCAGCAUCCACUUACCAUCCUGCCCAUCGACCAGAUGAAGACCAGCCAUGUGGAGAAUGACUACAUUGACAACCCCAGCCUGGCUCCCCCCACUGGCCCUAAGCGGACCCGGGGUGGGGCUCCUGAGCUGGCCCUGACACCCGGCCGCUGUGACCAGGAUGUCACCCACCACUGGAUUUCCUUCAGUGGGCGCCCCAGCUCCGUGAGCAGCAGCAGUAGUACCUCCUCUGACCAGCGGCUGCUAGACCACAUGGCCCCACCACCUGUGGCUGAGCAGGCCUCACCCAGGGCUGUGCGCCUCCAGCCGAAACUGGUCCACUGUAAGCCGCUGGACCUCAAGGGCCCAGCGGCGCCCCCGGAGCUGGACAAGCAUUUCUUGCUGUGUGAGGCGUGUGGGAAAUGCAAAUGCAAGGAGUGUGCAUCCCCUCGGACGUUGCCUUCCUGCUGGGUCUGCAACCAGGAGUGCCUGUGCUCAGCCCAGACCCUGGUCAACUAUGGCACAUGCAUGUGCCUGGUGCAGGGCGUCUUCUAUCACUGCACCAAUGAGGAUGACGAGGGUUCUUGCGCUGACCACCCGUGCUCCUGUUCCCGGUCCAACUGCUGCGCCCGCUGGUCCUUCAUGGGUGCCCUCUCCAUGGUGCUGCCCUGCCUGCUCUGCUACCUGCCUGCCACUGGCUGCGUGAAGCUGGCCCAGCGUGGCUAUGACCGCCUGCGCCGUCCUGGUUGCCGCUGCAAGCACACGAACAGUGUCAUCUGCAAGGCACCCAGUGGAGACGCCAAGGCCAGCAGACCUGACAAGCCUUUCUGACACUGGGUUGAACUACAAGCGGUGCCCCUGGAAAUGAGGGUCCCUCCUGCCAGUCUCCCAAGGCUGACCUUGUUCAUUUGUCAUCUCCCUGCCCCUAGCUUGGGACGAAACAGAGACUACCGCCACCUGACCUCUCGUACCCAACAGGAGGAAGAAGCACUUUGGGGGAGGUAUUUAGAGUUCUGGAACUUUUGUCAAGCAGAUGUCCAGGGUGCAGUUAGGGGGGAUUUUUCAGAAGACAACACAGAUGUGGACACAUCCGGAAGCUGCAGCUGCACGAUGCCCUUCCUGGUCCCUCCUUCUGCUCUCUCUCCCUCCCACUUGGCCAUUGUCUCUGGCUCUCUUGGGAGCUGGCUGCCUGGGAGGAAUUGUUAACUGAGUGCCAGGGUCCCUUGGAGAAGACCCUCGGAGGUCCUGACGUGUGCUCCCUUCUCCUUCUGUGCACCAGUUGGCCCCAGCCUCUCGGGGAAGGUGGAGCACACUAGCUAUCCUGACUGGACGCACUUGGGAGUGCUCAGAACAGAGGACAGCCAAGGAGCCGAAGCCUCCCAGGAGCCACGAGAUGGUUUCAGAGCAUUCCUCUCUCCCAUCCUAGUCAGUAACUCUGGGGACAUUCCACCCAUCCUACACUCUCCUCUGGCCCAGUUCUUACGAGUCACAGACUCGCUUGCCUGCUGUGUCCUGUGUUUUCUCUCUACUCACAUCUUUUCCAGAAACUUAAUGGGUAGAGAAGGCCUGGGCGGCACAUGCGAGACCAAAAAAUCAUUUUGCCAAUGAGUCUGAGGCUGUAGUCUCUUGAUCCAGUCGUGAUGUUUUUAUAGAAUAACUAAACCAGAUGCUAACAGUGUUUUAAAGAACAAUAGUAAAACAACUUGCUUCCUUUUGGGCCACCCCCAGGAAGGGCUGAUUUCAAAAUCUGGGGGGCGAGCAACCUCAAGGAACACAAUUCCCCUGCCCCCAAGAAGAGGAUUUUAUCAGCGAAGAAGAGGCAGCGCCUCCCAUUGGCAGAGUGACAGUUGAGCUGCGCUAGGGUUGGGUUUCCUCUCUUCUGAUUCUGCUGCUUGCUGUCAUAGCCUUUUGUGUAUAGCGAUGCGAUGCAUCUGUAUCUUCGUGUAAAUAGGUGGUGAGAAGAGUCUAUUUUAGUGUUAGAAAGCCCCCGCUGGGGAGUCAGAAGAGCCCAGAGAGGGUGGGGAAGGUUCUCCAGGGGCCACUGGGACGGAGCCCUGCCUUGGUGCACAGCACACCCCUCUCCCAAAAAGCCCCCAAAGACGUAGCAACUCUUUCUCUCAAGGUGCUAAAGGACUCAGAAAGUGCAGCACGUCCAGUGGGUAGGUACUUGUUGCAUGCAAAAGCUGUCAUGUGUCUGGUCCUCCCUGCCCCUGCCCCAGCUGUUGUGGGGGGGAUCUUUGCUUUGUGUGGUAUUUUGCCCCAUCCUCCCUCCAGGAGAGGAAGUAGCCUGGGUUGGAAGAAAGGCCCCGGGUGACAUUGGAAGCGCAUUAGGCAGAGCGUCUGAAGCAUUUCCAGCUUGUUCUGCGGAAACAGCUGCCUCCGGCGAGGAGGCAGGUAACUGUGAGUGGCAUGUGGACCUAAUGCUUCCAAGGCCCUCCCCCGGAAACUAGUAGUAACAUCUUCUGAUUUAGCAUAAGUUAAUUGUAACCAUAAGUAUUUAUUGAUUGGGAGAAGGGAGGGUCUUAUUUUUUGCUUUAUUUAUGUAACAUUUGCUGGCUUGUAAAAGGCAAGUAUAAGAUGCUGCAUUUUCUUGCUCUCUGGCUAAUGCAUAUAGCUACCCUUGCCACAGUUGUGACGGAUGGAUGGAUGUUCUUGCACAAUUUGGGAGGGGAUGGUAGAAAGUGAACACGUUCAGCCAACCACUUACGCUAAUUGAAUGUAUCAGAAGUGUACCGAGGGGCUGGAGAUGUUUUCCUCGGAAGAGGUGUGCAGAGGUGGUCCCCAAAAUGAUAGCGCACAUGUGCACUCUUUCUUCAAAAUCUUGGGGACUCUUCCCAAGGCCCCCCCCCUCAAAUCAUCUCCACAGGAAAUUGGAGCCAGUUGCAAGUUGCACUUUGGUGAUCCUGGUCUACACACCCAUUCUGUGGAGAUUUGAUUUGCAUAAGCUGUGUAUACACACAUGUACAUGCGCGCACACACACGAACACACACCCUGACCCUCAACCAACAUAGACCCUGUUUCCUGGCAAAUGGCCUUCUGAACCCUUUUUGUGUACAUAGUUGUAAACAGAUUUUUUUGUGGGUUUUGGUUUGCUUUUCCUCUUUUUCCCCUCCCUCUUUCGGCUCACAUCUCACCUGCUGGAGGGAUGUCUGCAGGACUCUCCAGGACCUCAUCUGCCUUGGUGCCCACGUGCUUGGCGGCAAAGGGGAAAUGUGGGGAAGUCUCCUUGAUUCUCCCAGCUCUGCUGUGCUGCAGUCCUCCGCAGUUUGUGCCGGUUCCUUGGCAGAAAAAGAAGGAAAAUAAACAUGGCUUGCCUAUGGCCUUACCACCCUUCAAAGGCCUGCCAGCAGCCACAGGGACCAAGCACUUAGAAACGUGACAUCUUUCUGUAGCUGCUUCUGGUGCGGUGUUUUCCUGUCACUAGUAGCCUCCUUGGCUGGCUGCACCCUCACCUUGGGCAGUGCCAGGCAGUAGGAGCGGGUCCUCACUUGUCUCGCGCCAGGGCAUGCAGCGCUUGUCCCUGCUACUAGGGUCCAGGACCCCUGCCAGUAGGGGAAGCUGCUUGCUUCCCCUCCCUGAGGGUGGGCUCAAGACCAGGCAAAUGCUAGACACCUCUUAGAGUCCUCAGCAGCCACCUGGAGGAGCGGUUAUUACCCCAUCUGGUGGCACAGGCUCUUCCCAGCUGACAGAGGACCCAUGUGAUGCAGGGUUCUCCAAACAUGUGGAGUCACAUUGAUCUGUGUUGUACAUGGGGGUGGAGGAGCAGCUAGGCAGGGAGUUGCCCAAGGUUGCACUCCAGAGCAUCGUGUCUGCCAGAACCAAGGUGACAGUCACCUCAGUGUCCUGCUCUCCGACGCUGCACCAGGAAGUGUCUGGCAGGUGUGGGCAGUGCAGCCUCAUACUUCACACUUUGAGGCCUCCACAGGCUACGCCAGCCUCAGGCUCAUGCCUCUGGUAAGCCACCUCGUGCCCUUGUGCUUACCACGACUGGAUGUUGGGUCUUCUGCUGCCAUUUCUGCUCUGGUGACUGUGCUGUGUCUAUCUUGCUUUCUCCUCUCGCUGUCCCACAGAUGGGUUUCGUGUUACAAAAAGUAAAGCUGUCCCCAGCUCCUCCAUUCCCGUUUCACUCCCCCUCCUCACCACCGCCCCUGCUCACCCUACCACAGGCGUUACCACAGGUUUCCUUUGUAUAGAAUAUUUAUUUUGAAGCUCUAUUUUAAUAGUAUUUAUUUUAGAAAGUCUACUAUUGUAAGAGUUCUUCUGUUUGUGAAGAAAAAACAAGUUAAAAACUGAAUGUACUGAUAUAGAAAAAUAUCUAUAAAUAUAUA